GGUAUUAAUUGGCUGCUUUGACCUCACCCUUCUUGUUCUUCUUCCCCACCUCCCUCUCUGCUGGUUUGGUGUCGCUGCCGGGCUGGUAGUGGUGGUGGUGGUUGUUGGAACAGGAGCGUCAGCUGCCAGCCGAGCCGAUGACGGGGAGGUGAAGAUCUUUUCCCCUCCCUUCGCCGCUUCGGCUUCAGCCAGGAGAAGGCGCCGGCCCCAAGGAAGCUGCCGUCUCCUUUUGCCGCCGGAGCCGGAGGAAGAGGGGUCUCCAGGCGGGCUGCUAUCGGUCCUUCCUCCGGCGAUUGUUUUUUUUUAUCUCUUCUCGUGGUCGAGGAAUUGAGGCCUCCUCCCCCCCCCCCGGGGAAGCAGCAGCUCGCUUGACUCGCUCCCCUGCGUCGACGAGGCUCGCCGCUGAAGCAGCAGGCGGAGCAUGCGCCGCGUCCGGGUGUCCUCCCACCAGGCCCCAGUCCACAAGCUCGGCGACGCGCAGAUGGCGCUCACGCCCAAGUUCCGCCUCGCCACCACCGCCCCCGCGCACCCGGAGGCCCCCCAGCAGCCGGCCUGGGAGACGCCGCUCAUCCCGGGCCUCCCCGACGACGCCGCGCUCGGCUGCCUCCUCCGCCUCCCCGUCGAGGCGCACGCGGCCUGCCGCCUCGUGUGCCGCCGCUGGCGCCACCUCCUCGCCGACAAGGCGCGCUUCUUCGCGCAACGGAGGGCGCUGGGCCUCCGCACCCCCUGGCUCUUCACCCUCGCCUUCCACCGCUGCACGGGGAAGAUCCAGUGGAAGGUGCUCGACCUCGGCCACCUCACCUGGCACGCCAUCCCCGCCAUGCCGUGCCGGGACCGGGCGUGCCCGCGUGGGUUCGGCUGCGUCGCCAUUCCCAGCGACGGCACGCUCCUCGUCUGCGGCGGCCUCGUCUCCGACAUGGACUGCCCCUUGCACCUGGUUCUCAAGUAUGACAUCUACAAGAACAGGUGGACGGUCAUGACAAGGAUGAUCGCUGCUCGCUCCUUCUUUGCCGGUGGCGUGAUCGAUGGUCGGGUUUAUGUCGCCGGGGGUUAUAGCACCAACCAGUUUGAGCUGAAUUCCGCGGAGGUUCUUGAUCCUGAUAAGGGUGUUUGGCAACCGAUUGCUAGUAUGGGCAUGAACAUGGCCUCGUCGGACUCUGCUGUCAUCAGUGGUAGGCUGUAUGUCACUGAAGGAUGCGCCUGGCCGUUCUUCUCGUCGCCGAGAGGGCAGGUUUAUGAUCCGAAGAUCGACCGGUGGGAGGCGAUGCCGGUUGGAAUGCGCGAAGGUUGGACGGGACAGAGUGUGGUCAUCGAUGGGCAUCUGUUUGUCAUUUCAGAGUACGAGAGGAUGAAGGUUAAGAUCUAUGAUCCGCAGACAGAUUCAUGGGACUCGGUCAGUGGCCCUCCGAUGCCCGAGCGGAUUAUGAAGCCCUUCUCCGUCAGUUGUCUGGACAGCAAGAUUGUUGUCGUUGGCCGAGGUCUCCAUGUAGCAAUUGGGCAUGUUGAGAAGCAACCUGCUGGCGGCGGCAAUUCUGAUAGCAGGAGUUCAAACUACUCCAUUUGUUGGCAAGAUGUGGAUGUUCCUAAGGAAUUCAGUGAUCUGACACCUUCAAGCAGCCAGAUUCUGCAUGCUUAAUUUAUCUUCGAGCCGUGGUGAUCUGCAAAAAUAUCCCAGCUGAUCAACCUUCUCCGGUACAAUGACUGAUCAACUGUUUAAACUGCCCGUACAACUGUUGUGUUCUGUAUAGUAGGCUCUUUUCCAGUCAGAUCUCCACGGUCUGGAACUGUUGUACCUGUAAAGAAAUAAAUCGAGUUUCUCCAGAACAGAGAGACAAACUGAGACCCUGUUGUAAGUAUAUGCUUGUCAGUUCUUGAACAGGAAGUUCUAUUUCGUUCUUUGGUCUUCACAUU